AUGGUCCAAGUCGAAAACAAAGCUGUCCUGAUUGUCAUUGAUGGUUGGGGAGUUCCAGGUGAAAAUUCACCCAAAGAUGGAGAUGCGAUUACAAACGCCGAAACUCCAGUAAUGGACGCUUUCGCCAAUAACGCAGAUGGAUAUACCAAGCUUGAGGCAUCCUCCUUGGCAGUUGGUCUUCCAGAGGGCCUCAUGGGCAACUCGGAGGUCGGACAUUUAAAUAUUGGUGCCGGAAGAGUUGUAUGGCAGGAUGUUGUCAGAAUUGAUCAAACAAUUAAGAAGGGGGAGCUGAACAAGAAUGAGGUUGUUAUGAAGGCAUUCAAGGCAGCCAAGGAUGGUAAUGGUCGCCUUCACCUUUGUGGUUUGAUCUCGGAUGGUGGCGUUCACGCCAAGCAAGAUCACUUGUACGCCCUCCUCAAAGUCGCAAAGGAUCUCGAGAUUCCACAUGUUUACAUUCACUUCUUUGGUGAUGGACGUGACACCGAUCCCAAAUCCGGCGCUGGUUAUAUGGAGGCCCUUCUUGAGAAGAUCAAGGAGAUUGGAAUCGGUGAGGUCGCGACGGUGGUAGGCAGAUUCUACGCUAUGGACCGUGACAAGAGAUGGGACAGAGUCGAAGUUGCAUUGAGCGGUCUUUGCAACGGCGAAGGAGAGGAGAGCAGUGACCCAGUCAAGACAAUUAAGGAAAGGUAUGAGAAAGGCGAGAAUGAUGAGUUCUUAAAGCCCAUUAUCGUCGGAGGAAAGGAAGCUCGUAUCCAAGAUAACGACCAAGUUUUCUUCUUCAACUACCGAUCCGAUCGUGUCCGAGAAAUCACCCAACUUCUUGGUGACGUUGACCGCUCGCCAAAACCAGACUUCGCCUACCCAAAGAACAUCACUCUUACUACCAUGACCCAGUACAAGCUCGAUUACCCAUUCGAAAUCGCAUUCAAGCCCCAACACAUGGGUAAUGUAUUAGCCGAGACUCUCGGUGCUCAAGGUGUUAACCAGGUUCAUGUCGCCGAGACAGAGAAAUACGCUCACGUUACAUUCUUCUUCAACGGAGGCGUCGAGAAGGUAUUCCCUCUUGAGGUCAGAGAUGAAUCGCAAGAUCUCGUGCCAUCAAACAAGAGUGUUGCUACUUACGAUAAAGCCCCAGAAAUGAGUGCUGCAGGUGUUGCCAAGCAAAUGAGCAAGCGUAUUUCCGAAGGAAAAUUCGAGUUCGUUAUGAACAACUUUGCACCUCCCGAUAUGGUUGGCCACACUGGUGUUUAUGAAGCUGCAGUGAUUGGUGUUGCCGCUACUGAUAAGGCCAUUGGCGAGAUUUACGAGACUUGCAAAAAGGAGGGAUAUGUUCUUUUUAUCACCUCUGAUCACGGUAAUGCCGAAGAAAUGAAGUUUGCCGAUGGUAAACCAAAGACCUCCCACACAACUAACAAAGUACCAUUCAUUAUGGCCAACGCUCCCCAAGGCUGGUCUCUCAAGCAAACAGAUGAAGGCGUUCUAGGUGAUGUUGCACCUACGAUUUUGGAAGUUAUGGGCUUAAAGCAACCCGAGGAGAUGACUGGAUCCAGUCUUUUGGUUAAGAGCAAAGGUACCAAGAGAACACAUGAUGAGACGAAAUAG